AUGGCUCAUAAGCAGCAGUUGUUGCAUGAGCUACUGAAAGAAGAACAAGAACCAUUUCAUUUGAACACCUACAUUGCAGACAGAUGCUCUCAACUCAGAAAAUCCUCUUUACAGAUCAAGAAACGAAAGCCCAUAAUUCCCUUAGAUUUAAAGAGCAGUAGCAUCUGCAAGAAUGCAUGCCUUUUCUCGUUCCAAAACUCGGCGGACUUCAGAAAGUCACCCCUUCAGAGCCCAUGUAAAUCGCCAAAUCGUGCUGUUUUUCUCCACAUUCCUGCUAGGACUGCUGCUCUGCUUGUCGAAGCGGCUAUGAGGAUUCAGACAAAGCAGUCAAAACGGAAAACCCAGAUUAAAAAUGUUGGGUUCGGGUUGUUUGGAUCCAUUUUUAAGAUGCUGAAAGACCGUACCAAGAACAAAAGACGUAUGCUUGGUGACUGUGAUAAUCAGGUCGAAAUUUCAAGAAAAAAGGAGACAAAAAGUGACGAAGAAAUGGGCAUGGACAUUAGAAUUUCUUGUUCUUGUGAUACUUGGUCAUCGAGUAAUGAGGAGAAUAUGGAUUUGGAGACAUCUACAAGCAGCUGUUCAGAAUAUGUUGCUAAAGAGAGAGCAAAUAUGAAUGGCGAUUUUGCCUCUUGUGAGAAGUGCUUUUGCUCAAGCCCUUUCAGAUUUUCUCUACGGAAAAGCCAAUCAUCCUCCGGUCGUCGGACGCCGGAUUUCUCUUCGCCUGAAGCUUCUCCGAGCCGCCAGAGAAAAGGGGAGGAAGCGAAUUGUGGAACAAAAAGCUCAGCAGAAGUAUUAAUAGGAGAAGAAGAGGAAGAGGGAGAGAAAGAUCAUUUUAGUCCGGUAUCUGUAUUGGAUCCUCCCUUCGAAGAGAACAACGGACAAGAAAGGGUGGAUGUAGACGAGGACGGUUAUGAUCUUGAAUGCAGCUAUGCAAGUGUACAAAGAGCAAAACAGCAGCUGUUGCACAGGCUUCGCAGAUUUGAAAAACUCGCAGAGUUAGAUCCAAUAGAACUCGAGAGAAAGUUGCUAGAAGGAUCAGAUGAUGAUGAUGAACAAGUGGAAAGAGAGGAAUGCAAAGACCAUGAUCCAUUUGCAAUGUACAGAGAGCAUAGUGUCGACACAUUUGCUUCCGAAGUCUUUAGCAGAUCGAGGCUUCAGAAAAUGAGGAAUACUACUACUGAUAUGAAGAGGCUAGCCUUGGAUCUAAUUAUCGAGCAAAACAGCGAAAUGAAUUGCUUGAACAAUAGUGAAGUAGUAUUUGACACCGUAGAUAUGAUGAUUGAAUUGGCUUUCCAACGAGAAUCAGACAGUUGGACGAAAUUUCGAGAGCAGAAGGAAGAGACUGCAGCAAAAAUUGAGGUUGGCAUAUUUGGGCUAUUAGUGGAAGAGUUAUCAGAGGAGCUACGUUACUGA